GGCGAGGACUGAUGACGCAGUGUUAGACGGGCCGGGAGGGAAGAAAGACGUCUGUGCCAGGUGCUCCGAACAGUGGUGGUGCAGCAGUAGCAGUUAACAGUCAUGCGCUGGUUCUUGGUGGCGGUGUUGGCAGCGGUGUGUGUGGUGGUGUUGGGACGUCCGCCGCGGAGAUCAGAGGCAGAACACGACCCAAAAGAUGUCACAGGCUGUCAACCCAGCGACUCGUCCCAGGCGAAGAGGCAGGUCACUGACAGUUACCCGCCCACCACCUCUCUCUCCUCCGAGCACCUCGCCACACAACACACCACACAGUCAGCCCUAGAACCUCCACUCAACCCACAGCCCCAGGUCAACUCAGAAUCAUGGACCACACUAGAAUCAAAUGCCACAGAAGAGCCGCAUUUCUCACCAGAAUCACAGCUUGUAACAGAAUCCUCCUCUACGAUCCUACUUGAAGUAUCUCCUGGUGGUGAUGCAGUGGCGGACAAGUCUCCUGUCGAGGGUGCAGACGACGCUUCUUCAGCAGCGGUUGACGACACCGAGGUAGAGCCCUCACCUCAAGAAGGCUCUCCCGCCCAAGAGGACCCUCCUGCAGAGGACAAAUCUCCAGUCUUGAAUCACGUCACGACUAAAGAUGGCACCCAGCAACAAGACGAUCCUCAGACAAAGAGUGAAGACCAAUCUGGUGUUAAAACUAACGAAGCUCAAAUGAAACAUGCAUCUGAAGACGAACUUGAGACGCUGAAGAGUGAAGGUAGACCCACUUCCAAGGUCUCAGUGGUAAGGAACGUUGAGGGAGAUACUGAUCAAGAACCAUUCGCCGAUCUGAAGCCAUUCUUGAGUGGUAGUGGAGUAGGAUCUAAGGAGAAAAGGAAGAAAGGGAAUGAUGCAAAAUCUGAACUAAGGGUGGAAUCUCAGUAUGACACGAAACUUGAGUCUGAAUUCCAAUCUGAGGCAAACCUGGAAGUUGCGGGAGAAAUAAAAACGAAAGUUCUUCAUGCCGAGGAAGAACUACAGCACCAAGAACCGCAACACGAAGAUUCGCAACACAAAGAAUCACAACACGAAGAAUCGCAACACAAAGAAUCGCAACACGAAGAAUCCCAACACGAAGAAUCACAACACGAAGAUUCCCAACACGAAGAAUCCCAACAUGAAGAAUCCCAACACGAAGAAUCCCAACAUGAAGAAUCCCAACACGAAGAAUCCCAACACGAAGAAUCCCAACACGAAGAAUCCCAACACAAAGAAUCCCAACACGAAGAAUCGCAACACAAAGAAUCCCAAUACGAAGAAUCGCAACACAAAGAAUCCGAACACGAAGAAUCGCAACACAAAGAAUCCCAACACGAAGAAUCGCAACAUGAAGAAUCGCAACACGAAGAAUCGAACCACGAAGAUCUGUUAGAAGCUGACGAAGAACCAUUUGAUCAAAAUGAAACUAAAGAAGAUAAUGAAAGUUCCGAGGCUGAAGAAAGGACAGCGAAGAGUAUUCGCAACGAAGAGACUGGUAGAAAAUUCAGGUCGGAUUACAAAGUGGCUAACGAGUCAAAGGAUGAAAUGAGAUUAACGAAUAAAGCUGAAUCUAAUCCAAAACGUGAAGAUCAAUCUGGAAUUGAAACUGAUGCAGUACCUGGAGGUGAAUAUCACGCAGAACAUGAAGCAGAACUUCACGCAGAACAUGAGGCAGAUGGUCAUGUAGAACAUGAAGCAGAACUUCACGCAGAACAUGAAGCAGAACUUCACGCAGAACAUGAGGCAGAGGGUCAUGUAGAACAUGAAGCAGAACUUCACGCAGAACAUGAGGCAGAGGGUCAUGUAGAACAUGAAGCAGAACUUCACGCAGAACAUGAAGCAGAACUUCACGCAGAACAUGAGGCAGAGGGUCAUGUAGAACAUGAAGCAGAACUUCACGCAGAACAUGAUGCAGAGGGUCAUGCAGAACAUGAGGCAGAGGGUCAUGCAGAACAUGAGGCAGAGGGUCAUGCAGAACAUGAAGCAGAACUUCACGCAGAACAUGAUGCAGAGGGUCAUGCAGAACAUGAGGCAGAGGGUCAUGCAGAACAUGAGGCAGAGGGUCAUGCAGAACAUGAGGCAGAGGGUCAUGCAGAACAUGAGGUAGAGGGUCAUGCAGAACAUGAAGCAGAACUUCACGCAGAACAUGAGGCAGAGGGUCAUGCAGAACAUGAGGCAGAGGGUCAUGCAGAACAUGAGGCAGAGGGUCAUGCAGAACAUGAAGCAGAGGGUCAUGCAGAACAUGAGGCAGAGGGUCAUGCAGAACAUGAAGCAGAGGGUCAUGCAGAACAUGAGGCAGAGGGUCAUGCAGAACAUGAAGCAGAAUUUAAUAUAGAACCUGAAGCAGAACUUCAUACUGAACAUGAAGCAGAACUUCAUACUGAACAUGAAGCAGAACUUCAUACAGAACAUGAAGCAGAACUUAAUGUAGAACCUGAAGCAGAACUUCAUCCAGAACAUGAAGCAGAACAGGAAACAGAACUUCAUACUGAACAUGAAGCAGAACUUCAUGUAGAACAUGAAGCAGAACUUCAUACUGAACCUGAAGCAGAACUUCAUGUAGAACCUGAAGCAGAACUUCAUCCAGAACAUGAAGCAGAACAUGAAACAGAACUUCAUACUGAACAUGAAGCAGAACUUCAUGUAGAACAUGAAGCAGAACUUCAUGCAGAACAUGAAGCAGAACUUCAUACAGAACAUGAAGCAGAACUUCAUACAGAACAUGAAGCAGAACUUCAUACAGAACAUGAAGCAGAACUUCAUGCAGAACAUGAAACAGAACAUGAAGCAGAACUUCAUGCAGAACAUGAAACAGAACUUCAUACAGAACAUGAAGCAGAACUUAAUUCAGAACCUGAAGCAGAACUUCAUACAGAACAUGAAGCAGAACUUAAUUCAGAACAUGAAGCAGAACUUCAUACAGAACAUAAAGCAGAACUUCAUGCAGAACAUGAAGCAGAACUUAAUUCAGAACAUGAAGCAGAACUUCAUACUGAACAUGAAGAACGUCAUGCAGACCCUGAAGCAGAACUUCAUGCAGACUCUGAAGCAGAACUUCAUGCAGACUCUGAAGCAGAACUUCAUGCAGACUCUGAAGCAGAACUUCAUGCAGAACUGCAAGUUCAGUCCUACCCAGAACUGGAAGCUGACCACGAAACUGAAUCCCAUAAUGAAUCUGGAGUCUCAUCUGAUUUAGAUCCGGAAAAUGGACCCGACAUUAAGCCUGAAACUAAUCCCGAGGCAGAACUUGAGGUUGAACUUGACGAACGUAACGCCAAUGUUCUAGCAGCAUCUGGUGCUGAAUAUCACAUAGAACCACAAGCUCAUACACACGAAGUACUUGAAUCCGAACCUAAGAUAGAACUUGAAGUCAAGCCUCAUUCAGAGCUUGAAGAAUUAUCUGAACUUAAUCCUUAUUUAGAAUCUGAAAAACUUCCUGAAACCAAUCUUUCGGAACCCGGAGCACCACAUGAAACCAGCCAUACAGAACUUGAAUCACCUCCUGAAGCCAGCCAUUCAGAAUCUGAAGCUCUACCUGAAGCCAGCCAUCUAAAGCUUGAAGCACUUCCCGAAGACCAUGACAGACUUUCUGAAGCUAGACAUUCAGACAUUGAAGCACUACCUGAAGCCAGCUCUUCAGAACGUGAAGUAUUACGUAAAGUCAACCAUUCAGAACGUGAGGCCAGCCAUUCAGAACAUGAAACACAACCUGAAGCCAACCAUUCUGAGCCUGAAAUCAGCCAUUCGGAGCAUGAAUCACUUCAUGAAACCAACCAUUCAGAACCUAAAGCACUACUUGAAACCAAUCACUCAGAACUCGAAGAACUAUCUGAAACCAACCAUUCAGAUCCUGAAAUACUACCUGACGCCUUCCAUUCAGAAAUUGAAGCAGUACCAGAAGAAACAUCUGAAGCCCAUUCUUAUACAGAACCUGGACUCGAAAAUCAUUCAGAAUCUGAGGGAGAAUUACAAACUGAAAGAGACGCCAUUGUCGAAACCGAAUCGUACUCAACACAUGAACCAAUUCCUGAGUCAAAUCCAAAAGACGAUACUGAAACCACGCAAGUGGACGAAUCUGAAACAGAAACUGAAGCCAAGGUUGAGAACGAAGCUGAUGACGGUCCAGAAAAACAGGCGGGAGGCGAAGCCUCGUCAGAAGAGCAGGAUGAUCAAGUCACUAGCGACAGCGAACUCGUUGAGGUAAAAGUCAAAUCUAAAUAUCGGAAUGGCCGAGGAGACGACAUAGUUGAAGGGGAUCUGGACAGUAUUUACUUACACGAUAUUUUCGAGGCAGAGAAUAAAUGUAACGAUACCAUAGAGGAUAUAACGGAUGAAGAGGAAAACCAUGUCACUAGCACCAUAUUAGAAAGCCUCCCAAACGGAUCCCAGGAAGAGGACGACGGUGCUGAGUCUGAUUUGUCAGAGGUGGAGAACAGCAAUGCCUCUGCCACCGCUGCCGAGCAUGUCCACGAAGCUGACCAGAAACCUUGCAAAUGUAAGGAAUCGCUUGAAGAUCAUGGGAUGCAAGGUGAUGCAAAUGAUGUGUCAAAUCAUGAUGAUUCGCAUGGUAACACUUUGCAUGAAACUCAUUUGGAGGAAAAUAAUCACUCAAGUAACGAUGGCGACGAAAGCCACAGUGAUUUACACAGUGAAAGUCCUCCACAAGAUCAUGAAAAGAGUGGUAAAGCGUUACAUUCACACUCUACUAAACAAACCAUUCACAACACUGUACCGUCUGAGGAAAAAGGUAAAAGCCCAAAUUCUAGUGAAAGAGAAAACGAAGAGGACACGUCUCUGGGAGCAAUCGAGGACGACACGUCUCUGGAAGUGGUCGAGGACCACACGUCGCUGGAAGUGGUCGAGGACGACACGUCUCUGGCAGUGGUCGAGGAAGACACGUCACUGGACGAUGAUUUUCAGGAAGUGAGGAAAGAAAAACACAUAGAUUUAGACGAAGAAGAUAUAAUAGCUGGAAAUACAUUAGAGGAAAGCAAUAAAAUGGAUAAUGAAAGCGUAGAUGAUAAUCCUGACAAUCGCGACUUUUCUGUCGAUCAUGAAUCUAAUGUUGAUCACGAGUCGUCUGAAGUUCACGAAUCUCCUGCUGAGCACCAAUCUAAUAUUGAUCACGAAUCUUCUAUCGAACACAAAUCUAAUGUUGAUCACGAUUCUGUAGACCACGGAUCUGCAGAACACGAGCCUAAUGUUAAUCACGAUUCUGUAGACCACGAAUCUUCUGAGGAACACGAACCUAAUGUUGAUCACGAGUCUGUAGACCACGGAUCUUCUGCAGAACACGAACCCAAUGUUGAUCACGCAUCAACAAUGGAACCAGAAGUUAUUUUUGAGGAUAAAUCACACGUCGAUGUUUCAGAAGAAAAUUCAGAGGGUGUCACGACGCAGACUGAUGUCGAACUUGAGAAAGCAGGUCAUGGAUCAGACCAUAAAGUGGGUGCUGAUCCAGGGUCAGACGUGGAUGGUCCUGUGGAGGAUCAACCUGACGGUCUGGGAAAACAGGAGACCAUCGACGUGGCACAUAAUACCGAAACUGAAGAUGAUUUUCAUCUCGACGAUCACUCGCGUGUUGAACAUGAGGCGGAAAUCAUCGUAGAGAAUUUUGACUACAACGGCCACAAGAAACUGGAGAGCGCGGGAGGAGAGUUUUCAGAGCAGGAAACGGAGUCCAAAUUAGAACAACAGCCUACUCUAACAACAGCAGUGAAGUCCGACAGUGAAGAACAAAUUGAAACAACAGAUUUCGAGCUUAAUGGGAAACUAGAAAGAGGACGAAAGGCAAAAUUAAUCAAACAGUCAAAAUCAAAAGUGGGAUUAACUUCACCAAAAAUUGAAUCAGAGCUUGACGAUAACAUAAACCCAGAGCUUGAACGUGUAUCAGACCCAACGUCUGGUCAUGAUGCAAUUCUUGAAUCAACUUCUAAACCCGAACUACAGACUGAGCCUCAAGUCGAGUCAGAGUCUCAAUUCAAAGUUAAACCCGAAUCUGAACCAGACUCUCAAGGUGAAGUUGAACCCGACACUGGAAAUGAAACAUUAUCAGUGAAAUCUGAAGACGAACCCAAAAACACAGCAACUAUCGAACUUGAGCCUAAACCAAAAUAUAAGUCUCAAAACAAAGCAAAAACCAAAAAAGUCUCAGCGGCUGAACCUGUCGAAGAACAAAAAGACGACUAUGAACCACAAAGACAACCGGAACGUAAUACCAAAUUAAUGGACGAAUCACACACAAAACCAGAAAUUAAUACUGAAGUAGAACCCGAAUCAGAAGAUGAGCGUGAACUAGAUUAUAAACAUGAACCAGAAUCAGAGCCUAAGCAUGCAGUACCAGCUUCUGUAUUUGAAGCAAAUAACGAAUCUAAACUUGAAACAAUACCAGAGUCAGAACCUGAAACGAAAACCGUUUCCCAUUCAGAAGUAGAAGCAAAUUCUAAUUCAGAAGGAGACACCGAGUUACAGUCUACAGCAGUCUUGAACACUGAAGAAAAACAAGAACUAGAAUCUGAAACUGAAACAGAGUCUGAGCCAGAACGGAACGACAGCCAAAGCACUGAAAGUAAUACAAAAUCUUUCCAAGAAUGGGAAACGGCUGGAGCAUCGCAACUCGAAGAAAAGUUGAGCCACAUGGAGGUAGGGUCCUGGUUAUCUGCAUACGCAUCUGGGGAACAAGAUGCCGCCCAGACUAACCACUCUAUUCUGGAAGAUGCUAGGGCUGAACUAGCUCCUGGCGAGGGCACAACAGAAACAAUAUCGGACCAAGAAUCCAAAGAAAAGAUAACUUUGCGGGAUCUCGUCCUGACAACAAUGUCGGGCGUCUCCAUCAACAACAACCGCGAAAGUCACAUCACCGCGGAGGCUCCGAAGGGGAGAUCGAAAAGAGCUUCGAUAUCAAUCAACAACAUCGACGUACCAGAUGUUUUGGAACUAGAGGACGAAGGAAGUGGUGCGGGUAGUAUUGAAGACGAGGACAAUGGCGCCGAAGAUGAAGAAGCAGGCAGCGAAGAACUCUGGAACAACAAUAUUGGUGUUGAUGCCUUUGUAAACCCAGAACAGACUGAUGAAGAAUUUUCAAAACUUCUUAAGAGUCUCUUGGUCGAUUAGAUAUUAAGAUAUAUAUAGAUAAACAC